UUUAUCUAAUUUUUUUUUAUGUUCAGAAGAUAGUGUGUAAUGACGUCGCUGCAAAGCUCGGGGAUGUUGACGAAAGAGCAGAUGGUUUAUCUCUUUGAUCGAUUCGACUACUUGACCUCGCAAUCUGAUGUGAAGAAAAGAAUCUCCGACGCCGUUGAGGACAAACAGGAAGCUGUGGCGGUUACAACUGCAAUUCAAGAAGAAAUAUUCUUGGAGAUGGGAAUUGACCCAGGAUUUGGUAUUGGAUGCUUGGGGAAGCUGAACUCUGCGUUUGAAAACGAUAAAGAGUUGAUGAUUGGUUUCUACAAGUUUCUCGCUAAGGAGGAGAUGGCAUGUGAAGAAGCUGAGCUUGGUCCAGAUGGGUUUGAACACAAGAUGGAAGCUCAACGACAGUUACACGAAGAGCAACUGGAGAUGCUAAAGUAUAUGCGUAAGUUUCCUCUGGAUGACCAAUCUGCCAUCCUUAAAAAGCUCCAGAAGCAACUAGAGAAUGCGGAUUUUGAGCCUGGGGCAUCCCUUUUGUCAGGAGAGCAAUUGGAGGAAGCUGGAAGAAGAAGAGUGUCACCAGUUUUUGGAAGCAGAUAAGCUUCUUGUUUCUCACAAGGGACUCUCCAGUUUGUAAUCUGCGUCUCUUUUAUCUUUUUCUUUUCACCUUUUUUACACACAAUUGUAAACAAAUAAUUUGGUUGAACUUUUCAUUUGCAUGAGAAAUGUAAAAGAAAAUAUGUAGGGCU